CUCCAAAAUUCGCUGAGGGUCUUAUUCCGAGACAUACAUUACCGCUAUGUUGCCGUCCGCGGCAGAAUUAGUUGCCGGAUAUCUCAGAACAAAUGGAUACAAUGAGACACUGGAGAAGUUUAUCGACGAGGCAGGUCUAGAGAAGGGCAGCGGUUCAUCCAACGUCAUAUCCGUUGAGGAUCUUCUUCGGGAAAAGCAAGCAUUUGACCUUAGUUUAAAGUUUGAGAAGCUGGGAACACAUGCUACACAAGCAACCUGGCGGAAGCCAGCACCAUCUGUUCCUACGGUUCUAGGCGCGGUGCCAACCAAAGCCAAUAUUAUUUCAGCGUUCAUGCUGAAUUUGAAAUUGCCAGGAUCGUCUACACCGAGGAAGUGCAUUGCAGCAACGACCGCUGAUAGACGGCUGAAUUUGAUUGAUCCUCUCGCACCGAUGUACCCUCUAAUAAGGUCCUAUGUGCAUUUCAUAGACUCUCCCCUCCUGGAUCUCGUUGCGAUCAAUCAAAGGUUCUUGUUGGCGGGCACCAUGUCUGGUAAGGUUAUCCUAUACGAUACAGCCGCCGACGAAGUCGCCAGCGAACGAAAAGAUCACACUAAAUACGUCGUAAAACUGGCCGCUUGGAAGAUGCCGGACUGUAUCCUGGUAGCAAGUGCCGGAUGGGACGCCAAGGUCAAUAUCUACAGACUUCAGCUCGACGCCCAUGACAAUCUACGGCUCGGAGAACCUUUGAUAACCUCGACGUUGCCGACCAUCCCAGAGACAAUCAUAUUCAUAGAACGGGCUGGGUCAUCCUCACCUGUUCUACUGGUCACUCGAAGGGACUCUACUUGCCUUUUCUAUUAUGAUGUUCCAAUAUCAAACUCAAGCGCAAACGAGAUGACUCUAUUAGGAAGGCAGAAUUUGGUUCCACAUUCUAACGCGUGGAUCGUAUUCUCUCCCUCCGAUGUUCAAAUAUCUCCGGCUGAUCCUUCCAUUGCCGCAAUUGCCACUUCGUCGACUCCGCAUAUGAAGCUACUGGUCGUUCGUCUGCUUGUACCACCCAACCAGCAAGCGGGAACGGGAAUGAUGGCGGUAGAGAACGAUGCCGGACCUCCUCCAACACAAGCGGCACAAGCUCGAGCAGAACUGCGGCUCCAAGAUCGUGAAGAGGCAGCAAUCCUGGUCAGCAUUAACACUAUGGCUCCGCAGACAGCUUACUCCACACCCAAGCUUGCAUGGCGCCCCGAUGGAUCUGGAAUAUAUGUCACAGCCGAUGACGGAGUUUCGAGGUUUCGAGGCAAGCACUGGUAGACUAUUCGCGAGUCUAGACAAGCAUGACUCGGGCUCCAAAGUGCGUUGUCUGUGGGCGGGCUACAUCCAAGAUGACCCCGAACAUGGUCCCAAUAACGAUCUUGAGUGCCUUAUUAGUGGCGGCUUCGAUCAAAAGCUAAUCAUUUGGCGGACUGUAUAAUGUCGCUUUCGGAUUGCG